UCGUCUCCUCCACACACCCAAUUCUACCUUGUGAACUGCAAACAGAGAGAGAAGCAACUCUUCUGCAACCAUGACGAGUGUCGUAGUGAAGAUGCUGUGCCUUCUGCUCUGUGCAGUUUUCGCCUCGGCUGAUGUCAUGCCUAUGACUGACUUCGACCUGCAAAAGAUGGGAGGAAAGUGGUAUCUGGUUGGCAUUGCUACAAACGCAAAAUGGUUUGCAAGUAAAAAGGUUGACAUGAAGAUGGGAACUGCCAUGCUGGUGCCCACCGAGGACGGAGACCUUGAACUCAAUUGCAAUAAACCAAAGAGUGAUGGUACCUGCUGGACAAUGACAAACCUCGCCAAGAAAACCGAGACCCCUGGAAGAUUUGUUUUCUUCAGCCAGCGUUGGAAAAAUGACAAUGAUUUGCGCGUGGUUGAUGCCCAAUUUGACAAGUACGCCGUUAUGCAUGUCAUCAAAACCAAAGCAGGAGAAUCUGAUAUCCUCAACAAACUCCUCAGUCGCACUCCAGAAAUUGCUGAUGACUUGAAGGAGAAGUUCAGGCAGUUCUGUCGGGACACUGGCAUCCUUGAUGAAAACAUUCUUCUACUUCCACCAGGCAGAGAAUGCUCAGUUACCGCAUAAUCGCCUCAUCAAGCGAAGACAAAGACAGCUUCAGGCGGUUCCAGUCAUUUCAGCCGAAAAACAGAUCUGAAUUUAUUGUCGGCUUGGUUUUGGUCUCUUUCACUUUAUAUUGUUUUUCUUUGGGCCUUAAACAGUCUGCACAAUCUCAAGCAGAGGGAAGAGAAUGGCAAAGUCAUUCCACACCGAAAUGAUGUGUUUUGAACUCAAUUCUUUAUGAUGCGUCUUGUUUUUAGGUGCCAAUGUUAGCUAACAUGUCUGAUCACCAUUAUAGCACACCACCUGUAAGAAUUCCUACUGUUUUCUCUUUGUUGGUUUUGUUUACUGCCAAUAGAUUAAAUUGGUUCACAAAAAACUAA